AUGUCGAAGACUUUCAGUCAAAGCGAUGUUGCAUCGCACAAUAAGCCAGAUGAUCUCUACAUUAUCGUAGAUGAAGAUGUCUACGACCUCACCAAAUUCCAAGAUGAUCAUCCCGGUGGCAAAAAGAUCCUCACAAGAGUCGCUGGAAAAGAUGCUUCGAAACAAUUCUGGAAAUACCAUAAUGAAGGUAUUCUCAAGAAAUACAAGGCAAAGCUACAUGUAGGAUCAUUAGACACAAAGAAAGCCGCCGCACCCCCAACACCACCUGCUACUCCUCCACCUGCCAAAGAAGCUGUUAAACCACAGGCUGAAAGUGGCGCAGUUGUGCCGGCUCCAACGGGGGCUGCGAAACAGGUCUUGGAGGAAUCGGAACCGUUGGAACCGUUUGGGGAUUUGAUUCCAUUCGCGGAUCCGUCGUGGUAUCAGGGGUACCACUCGCCAUAUUUCAACGAAACGCACGCUGCGCUUCGUGCCGAAAUCCGCGAAUGGGUAUCCGCGGAAAUCGAACCCAAUGUUGGGGAAUGGGACGAGGCGCGGAAGGUCCCUGAUGAUAUAUACAAACAAAUGGGGACUAGGGGAUAUCUGGCUGGAUUGAUGGGGAUGCAUUAUCCCACGCAGUAUACCGAGAAUCGAAUCCAGAGUGUGGCGCCGGAGAAGUGGGAUUUGUUCCAUGAAUUGCUUCUCACGGAUGAAUUGUCGCGCGCGGCCAGUGGGGGGUUUGUGUGGAAUGUGAUUGGAGGGUUUGGGAUUGGUUGUCCGCCUUUGGUUAAAUUUGGAAAGAAAGCUUUGGUGGAGAGAAUCUUGCCGGGGAUCUUGAAUGGUGAUAAGAGGAUCUGUUUGGCUAUUACCGAGCCGGAUGCCGGUUCUGAUGUUGCGAAUUUGACUUGUGAGGCGAAGUUGUCGGAGGAUGGGAAACAUUAUAUUGUUAAUGGGGAGAAGAAAUGGAUCACGAAUGGUGUUUGGUGUGAUUAUUUCACUACUGCUGUUAGGACGGGAAAGGAUGGUAUGAAUGGUAUUAGUGUUCUUCUCAUUGAGAGAUCGGCUGGUGGUGUUAGCACGAGAAAGAUGGAUUGUCAAGGUGUUUGGUCGAGUGGAACUACAUAUAUCACAUUUGAGGAUGUCAAGGUUCCAGUUGAGAAUCUCAUCGGAAAGGAGAACCAAGGAUUUAAAGUCAUCAUGACAAACUUCAACCACGAAAGAAUCGGCAUCAUCAUCCAAUGUAUCCGCUUCUCGCGCGUCUGCUACGAAGAAUGCAUCAAAUACGCACACAAACGCCGCACCUUUGGCAAAAAGCUCAUCGAUCACCCGGUCAUCCGUCUCAAACUCGCCCACAUGGCCCGCCAAAUCGAAGCCUCGUAUUCCUGGCUGGAAUCGCUCAUCUACCAAUGUUCGAAAAUGGGAGACACGGAAGCCAUGUUAAGACUGGGUGGUCCAAUCGCAGGUCUCAAGGCCCAAGCUACUGUCACGUUUGAAUUCUGCGCACGAGAGGCGAGUCAGAUUUUUGGGGGUUUGAGUUAUAGUCGUGGGGGCCAGGGAGGGAAAGUAGAGAGACUUUAUAGGGAUGUGAGGGCCUAUGCUAUUCCUGGGGGCAGCGAGGAGAUUAUGUUGGAUUUGAGUAUUCGGCAGAGUUUGAAGGUGGGUAAGGCGUUGGGGAUGAAGUUGUAG